AUGCAGCUUACCAAGUACCUCUCCGUUCUGGCCUUUGUGCCAUUCUUGGCCGUUGCCAACCCACUUGCUGUCGAAGAUCUCUCUUCUGUCAACCGCUUUCCUCUCGAAGCCCGUGGCGGCAUCGACUUCUGCGGCAGCGACUUGCGCGCAGCCGGCGACUCUUGCACGUUUGGCGGCGGCGAAUCGGACCCGCAUGCUUGUGGUAUCAAGGACAGAGCUGUAGUGCUGUACUGCGUGAACGGCAAGUGGGCUAUCAACCACCGCUGCGCUCAGGGCCAACAGUGCAUGUGCGACAAGGGCACUCCCAAGCGAGGCAACCUCGUCUGCCGAUAG